AUGGGAAGCAACCAGUCAUGGGUCACCGAAUUCAUCCUGGUGGGAUUCCAGCUCAGUGCGGAGAUGGAAGUGUUGCUCUUCUGGAUCUUCUCCCUGCUCUACAUCUUCAGUCUGUUGGCAAACGGCAUGAUCUUGGGACUCAUCUGUCUGGACCCGAGUCUACACAACCCCAUGUACUUCUUCCUCUCACACUUGGCCAUCAUUGACAUGUCCUAUGCUUCCAGUAAUGUGCCCAAGAUGUUGGCAAACUUAGUGAACCAGAAUAGAACCAUAUCCUUUGCUCCUUGCAUUAUGCAGACAUUUUUGUAUUUGGGUUUUGCUAUUACAGAGUGUCUGAUUUUGGUGGUGAUGUCCUAUGAUAGGUUUGUGGCGAUCUGUCACCCCCUCCAGUACACUGUCAUCAUGAACUGGAGAGUGUGCACAGUCCUGGCUGUCACUUCUUGGUCAUGUGGAUUUAUUCUGGCUCUGGUGCAUGCAAUUCUCCUCCUCAGAUUGCCCUUCUGUGGGCCCCGGGAAGUGAACCACCUCUUCUGUGAAAUUCUGUCUGUCCUCAAGCUGGCCUGUGGUGACAUCUGGAUCAACCAAGUGGUUAUCCUUGCUGACGGUGUGUAUGUCUUAGUUGGGCCCCUCUGCUUAAUGCUUGUCUCCUACAUGCGCAUCUUCUGGGCCGUCCUUAAGAUCCAGUCAAAGGAGGGCCGCAGAAAGGCCUUCUCCACCUGCUCCUCCCACCUCUGUGUGUUUGGGCUCUUCUUUGGCAUUGCUGUGGUGGUUUAUAUGGUCCCAGAGUCCAAUCAACAAGAAGAGCAGGAGAAAAUACUGUCCCUGUUUCACAGCCUGUUUAACCCAAUGCUGAACCCUCUCAUCUACAGCCUGAGGAAUGCUCAGGUGAAGGGCGCCUUGUAUAGAGCACUGCAGAAGAAAAGAUCCAUGUGA